CUCGUGUUUAUGGACCGGCAUCGUUUGAAAAAGUCUGUUUUAAAAUGACGCAUCCCCGCUAAAGGAAAAACAGAAGCACUAGCUUUGGAUUUAACCGAGUUCACAGACAACUCUGGACAUCCUUGUGAUUUCAGUAGAGUCCUGCAUUCUGAGGUCCAUUCACCACCAUCCAAUAGUGGGUCGUUUUUUCCUGUAAUAGAAAUCUGUUUGACAGCAUUUCACCAUCCAUCACACCCAACCUUGUUCAAGAGGGAGGAAUCGAGGGAGGAGGAGGACGAUGGGUACCGAUGGAGUUUCUCCCCAAGCUCUCCUGUGGCUCAGCCUGAGCGGUUUGAGCUCCCUGGUGUCACCCCUAAACCCCGAUGAUCCCAAUGUGUGCAGCCACUGGGAGAGUUAUGCAGUGACUGUGCAGGAGUCUUAUGCCCAUCCAUUUGACCAGGUUUACUACACCCGAUGCACCGACAUCCUCAACUGGUUCAAAUGCACGAGACACAGGAUCAGCUACAAGACCGCCUAUAGGAGAGGUGUAAGGACCAUGUACAGACGACGCUCUCAGUGUUGCCCAGGCUUCUAUGAAAGUGGAGAACUGUGUGUUCCACUGUGCACAGAAGAGUGUGCCCAUGGACGAUGUGUCUCUCCUGAUACUUGCCAAUGUGAGCCAGGAUGGGGAGGACUGGACUGCUCCAGUGGCUGCGAGAGUGACUUUUGGGGUCCACACUGCAGUAACCGCUGUCAGUGCCGCAACGGUGCCAAAUGUAACCCAAUAACAGGAGCGUGUGUCUGCACUGACGGCUACCAGGGCUGGCGCUGUGAGGAGCCCUGUGACCCCAACUUCUAUGGCAAAGACUGCCUGCUGGAGUGCCAGUGCCUUAAUGGCGCUACCUGCCAUCACCAGACUGGCGAGUGCCUCUGUGCACCUGGAUACACUGGCGCCUUCUGUGAGGAACCUUGUCCUCCAGGUAAACAUGGCCCCCUGUGUGAGCAUCACUGUCCCUGUCAGAAUGGUGGAACAUGUCACCAUGUCACUGGGGAGUGUUCCUGUCCAGCUGGCUGGAUGGGUCCAGUGUGUGCCCAGCCAUGUCCAUUUGGAUCUUUUGGCAUUAAUUGCUCCCAGGAUUGCACGUGUCGUAACGGAGGGCUAUGUGACCAUAUCAGCGGUCAGUGCCAGUGCACAGCUGGCUACAUUGGAGAAAGAUGCCAGGAUGAAUGCCCAGUUGACACUUAUGGGCCACAGUGUGCUCACAAGUGUGACUGCCAGAACGGAGCCAAAUGCUACCACAUCAACGGUGCCUGCCUAUGUAAUGAAGGCUUCAAGGGGCCUAGCUGUCAGGAUCGUUUCUGUCCCACUGGCCUGUAUGGACUCAUCUGUGACAAAUACUGCCCCUGCAUACAUACAAACACACUCAGCUGUCACCCUCUGUCAGGAGAGUGCACCUGUGCUGCGGGAUGGACUGGGCUUUACUGUGACGAGACCUGCCCACCAGGUUACUACGGUGAGGGCUGCAGAGAGCUGUGUGUUUGUGCUAAUGGAGCCUACUGUGAUGGCAUCACUGGAACUUGUAUCUGUGCACCAGGAUACAUAGGUGACGACUGCUCUAUCAGCUGUCCUGCAGGCCUGUACGGGGUCAACUGCUCCUCAUCGUGCUCCUGCCAAAACGAGAUCUCCUGCUCCCACAUUGAUGGUUCCUGCAUCUGCAGAGAAGGUUGGCAGGGUGUAGACUGCUCCAUCCCUUGCUCCAGUGGAACUUGGGGACUGAGCUGCAAUCAGACAUGUCAGUGUGCCAAUGGGGCAUCUUGCAACCCCGUCAAUGGAACCUGUGCUUGCUCCCCGGGCUGGACGGAUGAAUACUGUGACGUACCGUGUCCUGAUGGAUUGUACGGCUUGGAUUGCAGAGAGAAAUGUGACUGUGUUAACUCCGAUGGCUGUGAUCCAGUAACAGGUUUCUGCCGCUGUCUUGCAGGUUGGACGGGUGUCCAUUGUGACAGUGUGUGCAAGGAGGGUCGCUGGGGACCCAACUGCUCCUACAGCUGCACCUGCGAGAACGGGGGCUCCUGUUCUCCAGAGGAUGGCACCUGUGUGUGCGCUCCGGGCUACCGGGGCACCAACUGCAGAAGAACAUGUUCUCCUGGCUUCUAUGGCCAUCGUUGCAGUCAGAUGUGUCCUCAGUGUGUCCACAGCGAUGGGGCAUGCCACCACAUCACCGGCCACUGCAAAUGUCUCGCUGGAUUUUUUGGCUCCCUCUGCAACGAAGUAUGUCCCAGCGGAAAGUUUGGUAAAGCCUGUGCUGAGACCUGCUUGUGCACUAAUAAUGGCACUUGUAACCCCAUCGAUGGCUCCUGUCAGUGUUACCCUGGAUGGACCGACCAAGACUGUUCUAAGCCAUGUCCUUGGGACUCAUGGGGCCUUGACUGCAUCCACACAUGUAACUGUCACAAUGGAGCUCAGUGCAGCGCUACAGAUGGAGAGUGUAUCUGCAGCCCUGGAUGGACAGGACUCUACUGUACUCAGCGCUGUCCUGCAGGUUUCUACGGGUCUCACUGUGCUGAGGUGUGUCGCUGUCAGAAUGGAGCAGACUGUGACCACAUCACGGGACAGUGCUCCUGCAGGACAGGCUUUAUAGGACACAGCUGUGAGCUCAAGUGUCCUGCAGGAACAUUUGGCUACGGCUGCCAGCAGCUGUGUGAGUGUAUGAACAAUGCCACCUGUGACUACGUGACUGGAACCUGCUACUGCAGCAUCGGAUUUAAAGGCAUCCGUUGUGACCAGGCGGCCUUAAUGAUGGAGGAGCUGAACCCCUACACCAAGAUCAGUCCAGCUCUGGCAUCGCAGCGGCAGUCGACGGGGGCUGUCCUGGGCAUCGUCUUCCUGCUGCUGAUGAUCAUGGCCAUGCUUGCUCUGGUGGUCUGGUUCCGUUAUCGACAAAGAGAGAAAGGCCACCGUGUGCCUAGUGUCACCUAUACACCUGCCCUGAACAUCAACUCCACUGACUACUCUCUCUCAGGGCUGCAGUGCACAGGCCUGCUCUCUUCUUCAGAGUCCUCUCCCAGUAGCAGCUCUUUAGGUGGCUGCUUCUCCAACCCCAGCUACCGCACCCUGGGGUCCUGCACCUAUGCCACACACUAUGCCAAGCCAGAUAAGAGGAGUUUCGCCAAGAUGAAGACAAAGAAGCAACACAGGAACAGCGCUCCAGAAUGGGGUGCCUACUGCAACCUCAGUGAGCUCGGUCAGUCUUUUCUACACCUUCAGCCUCGUUUUAUGACCCACUGUUCUUAGUCAGUUGCAUUCUGAUAUGUCUUCUUUGAAAUGUAUCCUCAUUUAUUUUUACUGAGUUUUUCCAACAAUAUCAUCACUCUGUUAAUGCUUGUGUGCACAGUAGUUGCUGGUUUUACUCGUGUUCAGAAUAUGAUUAUAAAGACAUUGAUUGCUAGAUGAUGUCAUCAGGAUGCUGUAGAAGCAAAUCUGAGUAAACUGAUUAAAGCCUGUUGGGUUUGUUUGUUUGUUUUGUUGCUCCAAACCAUCUAUAUAAUAUGAACCAAGUAUACAUUUAAGUAUCAUUUGCCAUGGAAGGUGAAAGUUCCCCAUGCCAUGUGCACAAAUGGACUCUACGUAAGAUCAUGGACAGUGACUUGUAAAUCUGUGCUGAUAAGCAGACAGACAUUCCCUUUGCUCUUUAUCUGAAAGGAUAUGGUGUCACUGAUUUCCAAGUAUUUAGGAUUUUUGAUUCAUCACACAGCCUCUAGUUAUCACUGCUAGGAUUUUUGGCAUUUGGAAGAAUUUUGUAUUUAUGAAUGUGUUGAUGUUCACCGCCAAUAAGUAUCAGAAGUAUUUCUGAGCAGUGAUUGAUGUUUUAAUGCAGUGCUUUCUAAACCAUCAAAGAUUAUGAUUAUUGAAUAUUCUUUUCUCUGCUGAAUAUUUCAGCAGAUUUUCUAAAACGUGUCAAUAUGUUAAACAGGUUUCAGAAUUUGAAAUAUCUUUGUACAAUUUCGUGUUUGUAUUGUUUAAACAUAGAAUUUGGUAAGAAUUCGUAGGUAGCCUGACAACU